UCUCACACGGCACUUCCUGCGAGCGUAAACGAGCGGACCCAGCAACCAUCCCGAGAUAAAGCUCAGUCGCAGCGGCGAGAGAAGGACAACAAACACACGCAGUUUAACGGGAUAACACCGCCAGAUCACGGCCAUGAUGGGGAGGCUGUGUAAGAUCGGCCUUUUGUGCCUUCUUAUCAUGUCUCUCUUGAACACUGAAUCAACAUGGGCUAAAAAAAGUAGUAGCAGCUCAAGCAGCAAGAAAACCUCAUCAUCCAGCAAUAAGGGGACACAAUCAAAACCGUCCAGCUCUCCAGGAAAUUACCCUCGGCAGCCACAGAGUCCCAAUCGCAACCCCAAUCCUUAUCCUCCUGGAGGGAGUUACCCUUUCCCGGGAACAGGCAACAAGCAGGGAACAGGCAACACCAAUCAAGGAGGAUAUCCCAGACAAAAUCCACCAAGUUAUCCAGGAGUUGGUAGCAACCCAAACCAGAAUCCUGCAGGUGGCUACCCAGCUGCAGGCGGAUACCCGGCAGCUGGAGGGUAUCCUAAUCAAAAUCCAGCCAGAGGGAACUAUCCAAAUCAAUACCCAGCAGCAGGGAACUACCCCAACCAAUACCCAGGAAAAGGAAGUAAUCCUAACCCUUACCCUGCUGGAGGAAGUUAUCCAAAUCAGAAUCCUGGUAGGAAUUAUCCUAAUAAUUAUCCAGCAGCAGGUGGUUACCCAGCAGCAGGUGGUUAUCCUAACCAAAACCGUGGUGGUUAUCCCUACCAGUAUCCAGGAGCAGGUGGUUACCCAGUCAGAGGGGGAAAUACAGGACCAGGUUAUGGCGUACCAGGUUCAAAUCCAGGGGGGUAUCCAGGCGGGUAUCCAGGCGGAGCAUAUGGUGGUCACCCCAACUGGAAUCCAAAUAAUCAGAUCCUGAGUCCCAGGUUUGGUGGAGGAGGCUAUGGGGGCUAUGGCACGGGUGGUUCUCCUUUCUCUCAUUCUGUGCAGAGAAUGGGAUACCAACCAAAGUCCACAGGUUUUGCCAAAAAAGCCAUGGUAGCAGCCGGUGUCGGUGCGUUGGCUGGAAUGGCUGUUGGAUAUGGACUAGGGCGUUUCCCCCGACCGCAUUUCAAUUUCCGCAACCCUGACGAAGAAUACUACUACAACAAUUACAUGUACCGUCGUUCCCAAUCAACAGACAACAGUCAAAAAGACUUUGGCAACGACGAGUACGUCUACAAUCCUCCUCCACGUGCAGAGACCUACGAGAGCUUCAUGGGUCGCUGCAUGAACAGCACUGACAAAGAUCAGGAUGGGGCUGCUGAGGCAGAUGACGAUACCGUUAGCAUUGAGGAGAUCGGGUAUCCAGCCCUAAUUGAGCAAGUGAAGUCCCGGCGCUGUGUGGAGAAGUACAUGAAGUACUCGGAGCGCUUUCUGGAGAAACGAAAAUUUGAUCAACAGUCUCAGCGAAAUCACAGCAGUCUUUUGAGCUACGGAAUAAAGCAGCUUUUCACUUCCUGCCUCAUGCUGGUGUCUUGUGUGCUCCUGCUGCAGUGAGAGAAACGCACUGCAAUCCUGUCAACUACAUCCCAAAUGGAUUUCUAUUGUAUCCAUCAUGCCUGCAUGCUCAGUUCUUGCUGAUGUAAAUAAGCUCUGCAGCAGAAGUCAUUGAGUUAUACUUUCAUAC